UAUCCUCCAAAGAAGUCCAAACAGCUCAAUCAUUCAAAGAACUCGUUCAUUCAUAUAUCGAUGGAGGCUACUCGGAAGCUACUGUUGGCUGUGGCGGCGAUGCUUGUGGUGGUUGCUUGCAUUAACGUGGAGGUCUCCGAUGCGCAGACCAUCUGCAAUGUGUCUUUGAAUAACUUAAUGUCCUGCCAGCCGGCCGUAAGAAAUCCUAACCCUGCAAAGCCGACCCAGGCGUGCUGCUCGGCGCUGAAGUACGCGGACUUGGGGUGCCUCUGCUCGUACAAGAACUCGAACCUGUUGCCUUCUCUUGGAAUAGACCCUAAACUCGCCAUGCAGCUCCCUGCCAAGUGCAAGCUCCCUGGCCCUGCCAAAUGCUAGAGAUCCGAGACCCUUGGCUUCAGCUACACAGAUGUAGCUAGCUAGCUUAUGUUAAAUAAAAGCUUUAUAUUUAUGCAUGUUUAAGAUCAUGGGAUUAAUCUUGGAAUGAAAUGCUUAAUCUACCUCCCGAA